AAGGCACACAUGGUCUGGUCUUGGUCUUCAUAGCGUGGUAGCCUAGUACUUGUUGCUGGCAAUAUUCUCGGUAUUUUAAAGCCAUUUUCUGCCAACUUUCACGAAAAAGAAGCCCCUUUUCUAGUACUUAAGCUGCUUUGGACAUUAUAUUUUUGAUAUCAAGUGUCAUAUUAUUGUUUUGAGUUCAGAAAGUUUAUUUUUUGGACACUCGUUUGAUCGAGGUUGGACUCAACGAAGCCCGCGAAACUGGGUCAUGGAUCCCGAAGUCACAAGCGGAAGAUCCACGACUACUAAACUGUCUCAGUCAGCAGAGAAUAGUCCAGUCCCAAGCCCAGGAAAACCAGAGGGUUCAGAGCCAGGAACUAAGACUACUUUCUCUAAAGGAAGGAAGAGAAAGAAGCCAUACAAAGACACCAAUGCACCCAAAGCACCUUUAACAGGAUAUGUGAGGUUCCUGAAUGAACAUAGAGAGAAGGCUAGGAAUGAGAACCCAGACUUGCCUUUCCAUGAAGUCACUAAGAUCUUGGGCAACAUGUGGACUCAGUUACCAGCUGUACAAAAACAGCUGUAUCUUGAAGAGGCAGAAAAAGACAAGGAAAGAUACAUGAAGGAAUUAGAAGAAUAUCAGCAAACGGAUGCGUACAAAACAUUCAUGACUAAGCAGAAGGCAUUGAGAAAAGAUAGUGAUAGUGUGAAUGGAACCACAGAAACCCAGACUGGCAGUGAAGAUCCUGAUAAUCUACUUUGUAAGCCAUGCAAUAUGUUCUUCAACUCACCUCACAACAAGCGUGAACACUUGAUGGGGAAAAAACACAAUAUGAUGUUGAUGGGGAAAACUGAAGGGACGGACAAAACAGAAAUAAAGGAGCAAAGUGUAGAAAAAGAGGAGGAAGACACAACUGAAGAUGCAAUCCCAGUUGAUGGUGAUAUUCCUAUAUUUACUGAAGAAUUCCUUAACUAUAACAAAGUUCGAGAAAAUGAACUUCGAAGACUCCGCAAAACGAACACCGAAUUUGAAGAACAAAAUGCAAUUCUUAGCAAGCACAUUGAAAACAUGAAAAAAGGAAUAGAGAAACUUGAAAAUGAAGCAGAGGAACAACAGAGAGAGAUAUCGACACUCGAAAAACAUCUGCAGAAACUUCGACAUGUCUUGAGGAAAAACUUUGCUGGACUUAGUAUUUCUGGACAAGAAGGGGUCUCUGUAACAACAGAUUCAUCUGUGGAUGGGUUUGUAAGCAGACUUCAUCAGUCUCUCCAAGAAAAUCCCAAAGAAAAUGCUGAGCUUGUCAGCAAGAUCAAAGGGAUUAUUUCAUCAAUUGAUUAUCCCAACUUCCUCAAGGAUGUUUCAAGCUGACAAUUAAUCUAGCAAGUCAAGUAGCUGGUCCUUCCUUUACCAGCAAGAAAGUUUUGUACAGUUCUAGUUUGAUAAUUAAUACAUUUUGAUAGUCUUUAUAAUUUUUUGGCUACAACUUUGUAUAAAAAGAUAAAAUAUUGCACAUUCACUUCCUACUUUCUAAUGAUAGUAAUUGUUUGGAUCUAUCUGAUCUUUAAUUGACCCUUAUAGCUUGUCCCAAUUCAGACCAUGUGUUAUUCCCUAGAGUAUGGUAUCUUUGUCUAAUAGUUGGUCAUGAGAAGACUUAUGAAUAUACAAUACAAAAAAUAUUAUACUCAUAAGAAUGAUAGGUGAUCUGAAAGUUAAGGUAAAGAGGUCUGUUGCUAUAGAUGUUCUACAAUGAUGACACACCCUGAGCCAAUCGAUUGGAAGGCUUUAUUUUAAAGGGUUAUAACAGUAUAAUGUUUUGGAAAUAACCUGAAAAAAGUGCUCACAGCUCCAGUGUCCUCAUUGUAAUGCUAUAAAUUGUAGAUGUUCUACUUUAUAAAGUUUUCAAUGUUUUUCAUAGAGUUACAGUAUGUCCACUAUUUGACAUUUAGCUAUGGUCUAGCUAUGGUCUAGCCAGUCUCUGCCAGGGCUUUCAGGAUGUUUUUGAGUAGUUGGUCAUAAUCUGAAGACGCUGGCUCUGAUCUGAUAAAUUCACAAUAAAAAAAUUAUAUA